UAGAUACGGCUCAAGAUCCCAGGCACCCAGGAGCAAGUAGGCCUUCUUGGGGGUUAUCUUUCUUCCGUUUGUGCGCAGGGAAUAUCUCAGUGCGUUUCUUGAGGGGAUCCCGUCGCCAUCACAGAAUAUCUCUCUUGUCCACACCGCCAGCCCUAAAAAAGCCAUGGUUCUAGCAGCAGCCACCGCCGCCGUCGGGAUGGCAGCGGGUAGCAGCAACACCUCCUUGUUUCUCCCCUGGCAGAGCGGCGGCUGGAGCAAACCAAGGAUUGCAGCAGCUCAGGCGAGAGGAGGUAUCAGUCUCAGAUGCUCUGCCCGAUGGUCAUGCGAGCACCAAGAGGAACAGCCCAUGCUGGCGGCGGCGGAGCGGGCGUGGGGGGAGGAAUGCGGCGUGGUGGGCAUCUACGGCGACAGCGAUGCGAGCAGGCUGUGCUAUCUGGCGCUGCACGCGCUGCAGCACAGGGGGCAGGAGGGCGCGGGAAUUGUGUCGUGUGACGGUGGGCAGCUCAAGGGGAUCACCGGGCUGGGGCUGGUGUCGGAGGUGUUCAAUCACUCCAAGCUGAGCAAGCUCCCCGGCUCAUCGGCGAUCGGGCACGUGAGGUAUGGUACCGCCGGUGAUUCGGUACUCAAAAACGUCCAGCCCUUUGUCGCCGGCUACCGCUUCGGCUCUGUGGGCGUGGCUCACAACGGCAACCUUGUCAACUACAACGAGCUCCGCAUCAUGCUCGAGGACAGCGGCUCCAUCUUCAACACCUCCUCCGACACCGAGGUUGUGCUGCACCUCAUCGCCACCUCCAAGGCGCGCCCCUUCAUCUCUCGCCUCGUCCACGCCUGUGAGCAGCUCGAGGGUGCCUACUCGCUCGUCUUUCUCACCGAGGACAAGCUGGUGGCCGCCAGGGACCCCUACGGCUUCCGCCCGCUCGUCAUGGGCCGCCGGAGCAACGGCGCCGUCGUCUUCGCGUCCGAGACGUGCGCCCUGGGCCUCAUCGAGGCGGAAUUCCAGAGGGAGGUGAACCCAGGGGAGGUGAUCGUGGUUGACAGGGACGGCGUCAGCUCCCUCUGCCUCAUGCCACACAAGGAGCGCAAGGCCUGCAUCUUCGAGCACAUCUACUUUGCGCUACCCAACUCGGUCGUCUUCGGACUGUCUGUGUACCAGACCAGGUACAGGAUUGGCGAGGUGCUGGCCGAGGAGGCACCCGUGGAUUGCGACGUAGUCAUCGCAGUCCCAGACUCGGGGAUGGUGGCGGCGCUGGGCUACGCCUACAAGUCGGGCGUCCCGUUCCAGCAGGGGCUCAUCCGCUCGCACUACGUGGGACGGACCUUCAUCGAGCCGCACCAGAAGAUCCGGGACUUCGGGGUCAAGUUGAAGCUCUCUCCCGUCAAGGAAGUCCUCGAGGGCAAGAGGGUGGUGGUGGUGGACGAUUCCAUUGUCCGGGGUACAACGUCGUCCAAGAUUGUGAGGCUCAUCAAGGAGGCGGGCGCCAAGGAGGUACACCUGCGGAUUGCUAGCCCCCCCAUCACGGGCUCCUGUUACUACGGCGUCGACACGCCCUCCAGGGAAGAGCUCAUAUCGCACAAGCUGAGCAUUGACGAGACGUGCGCCUUCAUUGGGGCCGACUCACUCGCCUUCCUGCCACUUGAGAGGCUGAGGGGAAUGCUGGGCCACAGCGCACCAACUUUCUGUGACGCUUGCUUCUCUGGAAAUUAUCCCAUCCUGCCCAAACAUCUGGACCUCCCUCCAUCUGGGGUGGACACCCGGAUCAAAGAGCCCGUUGUGCUACCCGUUGCUUAAAUCACCUUGGAAACACUUUCAACAAGAAAGAAAAACCAGUAGAUUCCAUCACCUGCGACUUUUCCAAAUAUACUUGUUUGUGUCCUCUUCA